CUAACUUCAUUCAUGCACACAUAGUAAAGGAACGCGGCGCACGUCCCCGUUCUACCCUGUUACUUGCAGCGCAUUUUCAGGCGUAGGACAUAUAUAUCACCGGCUCUCUCGCUGUCACCUCACCGCUGUUCAUACUCCCACCAUGGAACAAUACCAUUUUAUACUACCACAGAUUGAUCUCAAAUCCAUUGCCGUCAUUCGCGCCGCGGCCCUGCUUGCAGCAUGGGUCAUUCCCUUCUUUGUCGACAAAUACGGCUUGAGAGGAUAUCCCGGGCCUCUGUUAGCCGAGUUCUCCGGCUUUUGGCUAGCUUCCCAGGCGUACAAGGGCACGACGACGUCUGCGGUCCAUGCACUGCACCAGAAAUAUGGGUUAAAUUUUGGCGCUUUCGACGUUAUCGGUGAUUUGGCUUUCGGUGCGCCUUUCGGCAUGCUAGAAGCAGAGAAGGACACUGUGCCAGUGCCAGUGUCCGAAGAACAGGCCAUGAAGUCCUAUGGUCAAAAGGACAUGGACCUUGAAUGGUCGACACUUCCAGCUAUCAAGCUUCUCAACGAGACCAUACCCCGGACCUCCUUCCUCGGCUGUCUUCCUCCUCAAGGCAAGCCUCUGAGCGAACAAGACCUGACAUCCGAGGCCCUUAAUCUCAUCGUCGCGGGCUCUGACACUACUUCUAGGUCGUUCGAUUGGUGUUAUCGUCUACCAUGUUGCGCGGAAUCGGGAUGUCCAAAGAGACUUCAAAAAGAACUGGACGACGUUCUCAGAGUCCCAAACUCUACGUUCAAUACCGAUGAAGUCGUGGCGUCCUUCGAUCGCGUCAAGAACGUGGCAUAUCUCCAGGACGCCAUCAAUGAAGGCCUUCGCCUGCAUUCCACAGUUGGUGUCGGCUUGCCCCGCGAGGUUCCACAGGGCGGACUGACAAUUGCGGGAAAGGCCCUGUUGCCCGGUACGCAUGUCAGUUGCCCCUCGUACACGCUACAUAGGCUGAAGUCGAUCUGGGGCGACGACGCGGACGAGUUCAAUCCCGAUCGGUGGACGAGGCGAGGCGACAGGAACGCAAUACUGAAGUAUCUCGCACCCUUCUCAAUUGGCCCCAGGGCUUGCAUCGGUAGAAAUUUGGUAAUGAUGGAGAUGACAAUAUGUGUCGCGACGAUAUCCCACCCCUACCGCCUUGUCCUCGCUAAUCCCGAUCAGCAGCUCGAGUGCAGUGAAGGGUUCGUGCGCAAGCCGAAGAAUGUCCAUGUUGGUAGUAUGCAGCGGCGACUUUGAAAAUCUUGUGGAUCGUGAACGUUUGGGCUUUGCGAGCAUUUCUUGACCAGGUCUACCGAAGGCCUAGUCCUAGCAGUAACGAUUAUCGAUAGCUGUAAAUGAUGCUAGAAUGUUG